CGACUUCUACUUCCCAUACCCAUCCACCCCUCUAUAUUCUAGUCAACACCUCUCUCUCUCUCUCUCUCUCUCUCCAAAUGUAUAGCAAGUACUAUACAUAACUCCUUCCCUGUUUCUAGUCUGUUUGCUCCUCCACCGUGACUCUUCACAACCCCUCUCUCUCUCUCUCUCUCCCUCUCCAGAAACUAGUGAAAUCACAAGAACAGAGAACCAAACAUGGCUGGUGGUUUUGGACCCGGUCAGGGUACCGGAAAGGCGUAUCCAGGCAAUCUCACUCUGUAUGUCACUGUCACGUGUAUGGUUGCGGCCAUGGGCGGCCUGAUCUUCGGUUACGAUAUCGGAAUCUCAGGUGGAGUGACAACGAUGGACUCGUUUCUGAAGAAAUUCUUUCCGGCGGUGUACAGGAAGGAAAAGGCGGACAGUUCGACGAACCAGUACUGCAAGUUCGACAGCCAGACGCUGACCAUGUUCACGUCGUCUCUGUACUUGGCUGCUCUGCUCUCGUCCAUUGUCGCGUCGACGGUGACGAGGAUUUUUGGCCGGAAACUGUCGAUGCUCUUUGGCGGAGUCCUGUUUUUAGCCGGAGCUCUAAUCAAUGGGCUCGCUCAGGCUGUGUGGAUGCUUAUUCUCGGCCGUAUUUUGCUCGGUUUCGGCAUUGGGUUUGCCAAUCAGUCUGUGCCCCUAUACCUCUCAGAAAUGGCCCCGUACAAGUACAGAGGAGCACUCAACAUAGGCUUUCAACUCUCGAUCACAAUCGGCAUACUAGUAGCCAAUGUGCUCAACUACUUCUUUGCCAAGAUCAAAGGUGGUUGGGGAUGGCGUUUGAGCUUGGGUGGAGCCAUGGUCCCUGCCCUAAUCAUCACCAUCGGGUCGUUGGUCCUCCCGGAAACACCCAACUCGUUGAUCGAACGCGGCAAGGGCGAGGAAGCGAAGUCAAAGCUCAAACAAAUCCGCGGGGUUGACGACGUGGACGAGGAGUUCAGCGAUCUUGUGGCGGCGAGCGAGGCGUCCAAGAUGGUGGAGCACCCGUGGGCCAAUCUGUUGCAAAAGAAGUACAGGCCACAGCUCACAAUGGCUAUCUUGAUUCCCUGCUUCCAGCAAUUGACCGGCAUUAACGUGAUCAUGUUUUACGCACCCGUCUUGUUCAAAACGAUUGGGUUCGGAAGCGAUGCUUCCCUUAUGUCUGCGGUGAUCACCGGUGUUGUCAAUGUGGGUGCGACGGUUGUUUCGAUUUAUGGUGUUGAUAAGUGGGGGAGAAGGUUUUUGUUCCUUCAGGGUGGCACUCAGAUGCUUAUUUGCCAGAUUGUAGUAGCAGCCUGCAUUGGUGCCAAAUUCGGAAUCCAAGGGGAUCCCGGAAACCUACCGAAGUGGUACGCGAUUGUAGUGGUACUCUUCAUCUGCAUAUAUGUAGCGGGAUUUGCCUGGUCAUGGGGACCCCUAGGCUGGUUGGUCCCUAGUGAGAUCUUCCCUCUGGAAAUCCGAUCGGCUGCUCAGAGUAUUAAUGUGUCGGUCAACAUGAUCUUCACGUUCAUCAUCGCGCAAAUCUUCCUAAACAUGCUCUGCCACCUCAAGUUCGGUCUCUUCCUCUUCUUCGCGUUCUGGGUGGUGAUAAUGACCAUUUUCAUCUUCUUCUUCUUGCCCGAGACCAAGAACAUUCCGAUCGAGGAAAUGGUGAUUAUCUGGAAGGAACACUGGUUCUGGUCCCGGUACAUGGUUGAUGUCGAUUAUCCGGGUCAUGGAGCCGUCGAGAUGGGAAACGGCCGCCAUGGGCCUAAAAGCGUUUGAUAUUUUACCGCGGGUUUAUAUUGUUGCGGUACUUACAGGAUUUGCUAAGGGGAGGGGGAUUAAUUCGAAUUCGCCCGUGUUUGUUCUGUUGAUUUUCGAAAUGACUCUUUGGUGGCUUCAUUUAUCUUAUAGAUGGAUCUGUUCUUGUGUUUUACUACAACUUGUCUAGUAGUACAUGAUAUUUGGUUUCAGUGUCAAAGAAUUAUGAAAUGGUGGAUUUUGUGCUGAAUUUUUGUUCAAAAUACAGCCUAUGGUGCUAAAUACAAGGACUGUAGUGUGAUUUGAUAAA